AUGCGCCCACCGUCGAGGGUCCCGGGGGGCGGGGGGGCCCGCGGCCGGGCGGCCGGCGAGGUGGGCGCGCGCGGCGGGGGCUGCCCGCGGGGCCUGCAGACCCAGGACUGGGUGUGUGAGCCCCCCCAGAGUGGGCAGCGGAGGUGUCAGUGGAGCAUGGACCUGGAGGAGCGCCGCCAGCUGGUCCUCGGGUCCCCCUCCCCCGACAGGAGGAUCCUGCAGACGGUGGCCUCGCUGCUGUCGGAGGGCGUGGACAAGGACGUGCUACUUCCCCGGCCCCCGUGGCUGGCCCUGCCUGCUGAGGGGUCUCGCUCCGACGUGGGCCCCGGCUUGUCCCCCUGGAGGCGCGAGGGGCCCUCGGGCUCCCCCCGAGUCUAA